GAGAAAGACAUUUCCGAACGGAUCAUGUUUGAGGUGGAUCACAAUCUCUACAAGGGUUUCCUGUUGACUGCGCCUCAGGUUGAAGAAACAUCUCGCGACCGGGAAAAGGUUUACAUGGCGGAGCGUGCGUUUGCCUGGUGGAUGCGUCAAAUACAGUUUGCGUUGACCCAGGGUGACCAGAUUCGACGUGACCCGUAUGAUGUGGGUCCGUUGCAUGAGCUAGAAUACUGGCGAAGCAUGUUGACCAAAUACACGUCCAUAGCGGAGUUUAUCGAGUCGCGACCUUUCGUGGGAUAUUACACUUGUUUGAAGCUAUCGCGAUCGAAGCUUUUGAAGAAAUGGCGAGAGAUGGACAAUGAAGUAACGAGCAAACUCAAUGAGUCAAGGGAUAAUGUGCGGUACAUUAGUUCAAUUGAACGAUUCUGGGACCCUCUGUACCGAUGUGAACCGGAUGAAGUUGCCGGUACAAUUUCGAGUUUAUUGACGAUCAUUAGACAAGUUUACAAAACAUCAAGCUUCUACAAUACGUCAGACAGGAUAACUGGGCUGUUGUCCAAGGUGACCAAUCAAAUAAUUAUGAAUUGUCAGCAAUACAUGACGUGUCGCAGGAAAAGUACCAUAUAUGAACAGAAGAUGGAGGACAUUUUGGCGAAAAUCCAGGUUUGCAAAAAUUUGGAUUCAAUCUAUCGCUUCCAUUACUAUAAGACGGUAAACGACAUGGAAGAGAGCCCAGAUGAGACUCCAUGGGAGUGUUCCGAUAUGUACAUUUUUGGAAAGAUGGAUACCUUUAACAUUCGAUUGGACAAAAUCAAGAACAUUAUGGAGCUCUACCUCAAAUAUAAGGUUAUUGAUCGCAUAGGGAUCGCGGGAACCAGCGCCUUUUCAAACCGUAUCAAAAAGGCAUACGAUGUGAUUGCGUCCAAAACCUAUGACCCUCUGGUGCAUCGUCAGCAUGAAUUCGAUGAUGACUACGAAGUUUUUCUCAAGGAGAUCAAAGAAGCGGAAACUGGACUGCAACGAUUCACGAAAGAAAUGCUCUCCGUAGUGCCGACCAUCGAGAGCCGUUUGCUGAUGCUGAAUCGCUUUGAGAAGCUCCAGCUGGAAUGUCUAUGCCUGGAUAGGCGUUAUCUGGAAGUCGCCGUCAUGCUUGAAAGGCAGAUAUUUGAAAUCAAAGAUUAUUAUAACGAGAACCGUGCUGAGCCACCGAUUGUGUGGUGCGUACCUAAUAGUGUUGGCCGCAUAAUGUGGGCAAGGUGUCUGUUUCGUAAGAUGGAUGACCCUAUUAAGGUGCUGAAGACCCGUAGUUGCGUCAUUGAGCAUAAGAAGGCUCAACUCUGCGUGAAGUAUUACAAUUACCUCAGCGAAGUUCUUUUGCAUUAUGAGAUGCUGCACCAUAGAGCUUGGUGGGAUUUUGUAGAACAGGCCAGGGAAAAACUGGAAGCUCCGAUCUACCGGAAGAACAUUCAUACCAACUGGAUGGAGAUGAACUUCCAUCCGUUUUUACGGCAGGUUAUCAAGGAGACCGAAACGGUUCUUAAAUGGGGUCUGGCAGCUCCUGAUUUUGCAGUACUUUUGGUGCUUCAGAAAGACAAUCUCUACAACGCUUAUGAAAAGGUCAAAGAUCUUCUCAAACGUAACAACGCAGUCAGGUUGGCCAUUCCAGUGAUUUUUCUGCCCUUGAUGAGAACAAUGCUAAUAAAGUUGGAGCAAAUCUUUUUACCCGGAUUGACCAUCGUCACGUGGAUGUCGAUGAACUUGAACGACUACAUGAAUCAGGUCGACCAGGUUCUCACACGGAUUGAGCAGUUUGUCAAGGAAGUGAACGACAUCCGCGAAGCCCGGAUCGAAGACAUUCUCUAUUCAUUUGCCAAUACGGACUUGAUUGUGCUGCCAAAGGAUGCCGUUAGCGCAGUGGAAUUCGCGGAUAUGAACGUUAAGUACAGACAAAGCAUUGAAAAAUACUUGGAGAAGAAAUCGCAAGCCAUGGAGAAGGCCACGAUUGAGCUGAUAAAUAAAUUUGUUGAGAACAUCGAAGUGGCCGAAUUCGACGAUAAAGGAAACCGAAGGUUCCAGCUUCCGCUUGAUCAGAUCAACAACGAGAACCGAAGGCGUGAGGAGGCUUUGCCAAUCGACAAGUACGAUUGGAUAAGUUUUGAUAAAAUCUACAAAGCGUUGGCAUACCCGGCACCAGAAAUGCACCGAAAAGCACUAUUUCAGGACUACACAGGACUGAACUAUGACGUGACACUGCUUCACAUCGAUUGUAUGGAGUUGUUUGCCUAUUUCAAUCACCGAAUCAUAUCCAUCUUUGUUAGAAUGGUGAAGGCUUCUCUGGAGAAGCUCCGAGCUCGAAUAAAGCUGCUCAACCUUCAAAUUAACAAAGCUGCGGCCUUGCGAGAUAUCCAGCCACUGCUGAUAACCGAGAUGGAACUGGAACCGGACGAGUGUGUAAUUCAGCCUUCGCUAGAAGAAAUACAAGCUUACUUUCAGCGGGUCAUCAUGAACGUGGUGGAAACGUUCUAUGCCGUAUCAACAUGGGGUCGGCAGGCCAAAACUGAGAAACGGAAACUUCGCCGGCCAGUACUGGACGAGGUCCGUCAUGAGCGGUCGUGGUUCAGAAUGAUAUCCGAACACAAAGAGGUAUCCCGUUUCAUCCACGAAUUCGACGGUGGGCUGUUGCUGGUACAACCGGACAUUGAACACGAGUUACGGAAAAUGUACAAUCACUAUGAUUACAUGUGGAAAACCGAUCUCUUCGAAGUCCCACUUGAAGAAAAACCUGCUUUGUUCGAACGGAUUCAAAUCGAUUUGGGCAGGAUCGAAUUUGGCACACAUGUUGGACCAAUUUUGAUCGGGUCCGGACAUGUGAUCAAGGACGUAUUGCUCAAAUUGUUGGCAUUCUACAACAAGCGUGUAUCUGAGAUUGAUAAGUUCAUUACUGAACAUGACUCCGUUCUAAGUCGGACGCUCAAAGACUUGGAUGACAUUAAAAUGGCAAUGGAGUGCCUACAAAUUGUUCAGGAUAAUUUCACUUUCGUCGAUGUGGACCUCGGAUUUAUAGAAGCCACGUAUAAUACCCUAGCAGAAUUUGAUUUGGGAAUAACUAAGGAGGACUUGGUUCAUGUGUACGAGUUACGAGACAGUUUCAAAACGAUGGCGAAGAAAGUUGAAAAAGUCGAAAACGAUAUCAUCGCUCUUCAAGUGCCACUACAGAGAGAACUGGCUGAAGGAGUAGAGUUGUUUGUGGAGGAAAUCAAUGAAUUCGAUCAAGAAUUUGAAAUCAAAGGCCCAAUGGAGGAGGGAAUAUCCGCCAAGGAAGCUAGCGAUCGUGUGCUGAUGUUCCAGGGCAGAUUCGAAGAGCUUUGGCGCAAAUUUGAAAUGUAUGCGAGCGGUGAAGCAUUCCUGGGUCUCAAGGUCAAUGAUUACCCGAUUUUGCACAAGCGAAAAAAGGAGUUCAACCUUCUCAACAAACUUUACUCAUUGUAUCUGCAAGUGAUGCGCAGUAUCGACGAGUAUUAUGAAACACCUUGGGCUGAUGUAGAUAUCGAGAAAAUUAACACGGAGUUGACCGAUUUCCAGAAUCGUUGCCGAAAACUUCCUAAGGGUAUGAAGGACUGGUUGGCAUACAUCGACCUCAAGAAGAAGAUCGACGACUUUAACGAUAGUUGUCCUCUGCUGGAAUUGAUGUGCAACGAAGCCAUGAAGGACCGACACUGGGAAAAGUUGGAAAACUUGUUAGGAUGUAAAUUUGAAGUUGAAUCACCAGAUUUCACCGUUGGACAGGUCAUGGAAGCACCACUUCUAGCAAACAAGGAUGACAUUGAAGAUAUCUGUAUUGGAGCGGUCAAGGAGAAUGACAUCGAUACUAAGCUGAGGCAAAUAGUUGCGGAAUGGUCGGUUGUCAACUUGCAGUUUGCAAACUUCAAGAACCGAGGCGAACUUCUGAUCAAACCCACAGAAACGAUCGAGAUAAUCUCUAUGCUUGAGGACAGCAUCAUGAUCGUAAACUCACUUGCAUCGAAUCGGUUUAAUGCCCACUUCAAAAAGGAGAUUAUGCGCUGGCUGCACAAGCUGGUCAAUACUGGCGAAAUCCUGGAAAAAUGGCUUCAAGUGCAGAACUUGUGGAUCUAUCUAGAAGCGGUCUUCGUUGGAGGGGAUAUUUCAAAACAACUGCCGCAGGAUGCAAAACGAUUUGCGGGAAUCGAUAAAAUGUGGGUUCGAAUCAUGUUCCGAGCCAGAGACAAUCCCAACGCCGUAGAAUGCUGUACUGGUGAGGAAACGAUGGCAAGCACUUUAACUGCUUUGUUGGAACAAUUGGAAUCUUGUCAGAAGUCGUUGACUGGAUAUUUGGAAUCGAAGCGUCUGAUAUUCCCACGAUUCUUCUUUAUUUCGGAUCCAGUUCUGUUGGAAAUUCUGGGACAAAGUUCAGAUCCUACGUCAAUUCAGGGUCAUUUGUUGAGUAUCUUCGAUGCCGUUGCCAGAGUAGAGUUUGAAGAAAAAGCUUUUGGAAAGAUUGUGUCACUAUUUUCGGAUAAUGGAGAAGCGGUUCCCUUGGGUAGACCCGUAUUCUGUACCGGGGGAGUUGAGAACUGGCUCAAUCGGUUGCUAGUUGAAAUGCAGGACACCAUUCGAGAUAUUCUCGCUAACAUGGCACAAAAUCUGAAUAAUCCGGAGUUUGAGUUCAUUUCUGGAUUUCAAACGUAUUGUGGUCAAGCUGGACUGGUUGGAGUACAGCUUCUUUGGACUCGAGAUGCGGAAUACGCUCUGAGGAAGUGUCGUACAGAUAAGAACAUUAUGCGCAAGACCAACCAACGUUUCUUGGAUUUGCUGAAUAGCUUGAUCGAGUUGACGGUGAAAGACUUGACAAAACUGCAGCGAAUUCGGUUUGAAACAAUGGUGACCAUUCACGUUCAUCAGAGAGAUAUAUUCGACGACUUGGUACGAUUCAAAAUAAGAACUCCUCUUGACUUUGAGUGGCAAAAGCAGGCUCGAUUCUACUACAUUGAAGAAACAGAUGAUGUCAUUGUGAAGAUUACGGAUGUGGACUUUAUCUACCAGAACGAGUAUUUGGGAGUGACCGAGCGUUUGGCAAUUACGCCACUGACGGAUCGAUGUUACAUUACUUUGGCACAAGCCAUCGGCAUGUCCAUGGGUGGCGCUCCAGCUGGUCCGGCAGGAACUGGUAAGACCGAAACGACGAAAGAUAUGGGUCGAGCUCUCGGAAAGCUUGUGGUUGUGUUCAACUGCUCCGAUCAGAUGGAUUUCAGAGGUCUGGGUCGCAUCUACAAGGGUUUGGCCCAGUCUGGAUCGUGGGGCUGCUUCGACGAGUUCAACAGAAUAGAAUUGCCGGUAUUGUCGGUAGCUGCGCAGCAAAUUUAUAUUGUCUUGACUGCUCGCAAAGAAAAGAAAACGGAAUUCAUUUUCAGCGAUGGGGACACGGUAUCGUUGAAUCCCGAAUUUGGUCUGUUCAUCACAAUGAAUCCCGGUUAUGCCGGGCGUCAAGAGCUACCAGAAAAUUUAAAGAUCAUGUUUCGAUCGGUGGCGAUGAUGGUUCCUGAUCGACAGAUCAUCAUGCGCGUGAAACUGGCCAGUUGUGGGUUCAAGGACAACGUAAUCCUAGCAAGAAAGUUCUUUACGCUGUACAAGCUUUGUGAGGAGCAAUUGUCGAAGCAAGUGCACUACGAUUUCGGAUUGCGGAAUAUACUCUCUGUUCUGCGUACUUUAGGGGCACAGAAGCGUGCUAAUCCGUCCGAUACGGAAGAAACCAUCGUGAUGCGAGUCUUGCGUGAUAUGAAUGUAUCCAAGCUGGUAGAUGAAGAUGAACCGCUGUUCAUUUCGUUGAUUGAAGAUCUGUUCCCGGGUAUCAAGUUGAGCACUUCCAGUUACAAGGAUCUACAAAGGGCGAUCGCGAAUAGUGCGGAGUCACUCGGUUUGAUCAAUCAUCCCGAAUGGAACCUUAAAGUGAUCCAGCUGUACGAAACAUCACUGGUACGACACGGAUUGAUGACUUUAGGGCCAACGGGAGCUGGAAAGACUCGCUGUAUUCAUACUUUGUUAAAAAGCUUCACAGAGUUGGGUAUGCCGCACAAAGAGAUUCGAAUGAACCCGAAGGCAAUUACGGCUCCGCAAAUGUUCGGUCGUUUAGAUGUCGCUACUAACGAUUGGACUGAUGGCAUUUUUUCGACUUUGUGGCGUCGAACACUGAAAAUCAAGAAGACAGAAUUCGUGUGGUUGGUGCUUGAUGGACCGGUAGAUGCGGUGUGGAUUGAGAACUUAAACUCCGUUUUGGAUGACAACAAAACUUUGACCUUAGCUAAUGGUGAUCGUAUCACGAUGGCGCCCAACGCAAAACUAGUUUUCGAACCGGACAAUGUAGAUAAUGCAUCGCCAGCUACGGUCAGUAGAAUGGGUAUGGUGUUCAUGAGUGCAUCGGUGUUGAAGUGGGAACCGAUAUUGAACGGAUGGUUGAAAACGAAACCGACAGAUGUUGCCGAUACGCUACGUAAAUUUUUCCACAAGAUAUACGACGAUCUCCAUGUAUUCGUACAAACGAAACUUGCAGCAAAGAUGAAGAUCUUGGAAGCCAUCUACAUCAGGCAAUGCUGUGAUAUCUUGGAAGGUCUGAUCGCAUCGAAGGAAAGCGUCCCGAUUGAGUUUUCGGACAAACACUUGGAACGUCUGUUUCUAUUUUCUGUAAUGUGGUCCUUGGGAGCCGUACUUGAAUUGGAAGAUCGUGAGAAGAUGGGCGAGUUCAUUGCUAAACAUCCUUCCAAAAUGAAAUGGCCAAAGAUGCAACCUGGUGAAACCAUAUUUGAGUACGUUGUGUCGGAGGAAGGUACUUGGGAGCAUUGGAACACUCGGGUGGAGGAAUAUAUCUAUCCAAGUGAUAGUGUUCCGGAGUUCGCAAGUAUUCUGGUACCAAACGUUGAUAACGUGCGAACUGCCUAUUUGAUAGACUUGAUAGCAAAGCAAUCAAAGGCAGUGCUGUUGAUAGGUGAGCAAGGAACCGGUAAAACGGUUAUGAUUCAAGGCUACAUGCUCAACUACGAUCCGGAAAGCCACCUGUCGAAAAGCUUCAACUUUUCAUCCGCAACAACUCCAAACAUGUUCCAGAGAAUUAUCGAAUCGUACGUGGAGAAGCGCGUCGGGACAACCUACGGUCCACCAGGCCAGCGAAAGAUGUCCAUCUUCAUCGACGACAUCAACAUGCCAGUAGUGAACGAAUGGGGCGAUCAAGUUACUAACGAAAUCGUCCGUCAGUUGAUGGAAAAUGUUGGAUUCUAUUCCCUGGACAAACCCGGAGACUUCUCGACUAUUUUGGACAUUCAACUGCUGGCAGCUAUGAUUCACCCAGGAGGCGGUCGAAAUGAUAUCCCACCUCGGUUGAAGCGUCAGUUUUGUGUGUUCAACUGCGCAAUUCCUAGCAACAAGUCCAUGGACAAAAUAUUCGGAGUUUUGGGCGAAGGUUACUUCUGUGAGUCACGAUUCAAUCCGACAGUUGUAGGAUUCAUACCAAAGUUGGUUCCAUUGACGCGGAAACUGUGGCAAGCCACCAAGACAAAGAUGUUGCCAACUCCAGCAAAGUUCCAUUAUGUGUUCAAUCUGCGAGAUUUGUCCCGUAUUUGGCAGGGUAUGCUGACGAUACAAUCGGAGGAGUGUAAAACGAUUCAAACAGCUAUAAAUCUGUGGCGUCACGAAUGUACGCGAGUCAUUGCUGAUCGAUGCACCAGCUUCGCCGAUCGAGACUGGUUCGUAGCUAAGAUGAGACAAUUGGCAGAGGAGUUCUUAGGUGAAGAUGAAAUGCAGUACUACACAGAAGACGAAACCUACUUUGUGGACUUCUUGCGUGAUGCACCGGAUCCAACAGGCGAAGAAGGCGAAGAUGUGAGUUUAGAACCCCCGAAAUUGUACGAGGAGAUUCCAAGCUUCGAUGAGACCACAGCUCGAGUGAAGAUGUUCAUGGAGCAGUUCAACGAGCAAGUUCGAGGCGCCAAGAUGGAUUUAGUAUUCUUCCGCGACGCCCUUAUCCAUCUGAUGAUUAUUUCACGUAUCAUAAGGACACCUAGAGGUAACGCUUUGCUGGUAGGAGUCGGAGGCUCCGGAAAACAGAGUUUGACAAAGUUGGCAUCGUUCAUCGCCGGUUACAAGUAUUAUCAGAUUACAUUGACAAGAGCGUACAAUAUCAACAAUCUGAUGGACGAUCUACGCUACUUAUACCGUGUAGCCGGAUUGGAAGGCCAAGGUAUUUCGUUCAUCUUUACGGACAAUGACAUCAAAGACGAAGGGUUCUUGGAAUACAUCAACAACGUGCUGAGUUCCGGUGAAAUCGCAAAUCUCUUUCCGAAAGAUGAUUUGGAUCAAAUACUGAAUGAUUUGAUACCAAUCAUGAAGAAAUUAGCACCAAAACGCGUACCAACUCAGGAUAACUUAUACGACUAUUUCAUAUCCCGUGCUCGAGCAAACUUGCAUAUUGUUCUGUGCUUUUCACCUGUCGGUGAGAAGUUCCGCAAUCGAUCCCUCAAAUUUCCUGGUCUAAUAUCCGGUUGCACUAUCGAUUGGUUCCAACGCUGGCCGAAGGAUGCGUUGAUAGCGGUGUCAAACCACUUCCUCAAAGACUACAGCGUUGUGUGUAAGCCAGAGGUCAAGAAGGACCUGAUCGAGAUCAUGGCUUUUGUGCAGGACAAGGUAGCCGAGAUUUGUGUCGACUAUUACGAACGUUUCCGACGGCAAGCUCAUGUUACGCCCAAAUCCUUCUUGUCAUUCUUGGAGGGCUACAAAGUUAUCUACAAGGAGAAACAUGAUAACAUAGCGGUUUUGGCUAGCAGGAUGCAAACCGGUAUGGUGAAGUUGAUCGAAGCUGCAGAAUCGGUGGACAUAUUGAGAGUCGAAUUGGAAGAAAAGGAAAAGGACAUCAUUAUAGCUACGGAUGCGGCCGAAAUUGUGCUGGCCUCGGUGACCAAGUCACAGCAAGACGCCGAAGUUGUGAAAGCACAAGUCAUGGCGGUAAAAGAACAAGCGGAUAUUUUGGUCGCUCAAAUCGCCGUCGAUGAAGCAAUUGCUAACGAGAGUCUAAAAGCCGCGGAGCCUGCCCUUCUAGCUGCGGCAGCUGCCCUCGAUACUAUUCAACAGUCGGAUAUUGCCACAGUCAGAAAACUUGGAAAACCGCCUUACUUGAUCACGUUGAUCAUGGACGCUGUGUUGCUCUUGUUCCAGAAACGAGUUCUACCUGUGAAACCAGAUCCUGAACGGCAGUUCCUGACAGCUUCAUGGGAGGCAUCUUUGAAGUUGAUGUCCGAGACAGGUCUUCUGAACAAACUACAAAACUUCAAGAAAGAUUUGAUCAACGCUGAAAUGAUAGAUCUUCUGGUGCCGUACUACAAGUAUCCAUUGUACACAAUCGAGGCGGCAAGGGCAGCUUGUGGUAAUGUUGCCGGUUUACUGCAGUGGACUGUAGCUAUGGGUAACUUCUUCGAAAUCAACAAAGAUGUGCUGCCAUUGAAAGCGAACCUGGCAAGACAACAGAAGAAAUCUAAAAUAGCACAGGCACAACAAGCUCAAGCAGAGGAACAAUUGCUGGCAAAGGAAGCUGAGUUGGCGGAAGUUCAAAAGGAGUUCGAUUCGGCAAUGUCCAAGAAACAAGCUGUGUUAGACGACGCUAAAAUGUGCCAGGACAAAAUGGAUGCAGCAACGGCACUGAUCAAUGGGCUUGCUGAUGAAAGAGUUCGCUGGACGGAACAGCUAUCUCAAUUCAAGAGUGAAACCGACCGUCUCGUUGGAGAUGUGCUGAUUCUGACUGGAUUCCUCUCGUACACGGGACCUUUCAAUCAAGAAUAUCGAAAUAUUUUACAAAAGUCCUGGCAGCAGGAAAUGCAGAAUCGCAAGAUACCCGUUUCACUGAACAUAAACGUAAUGGAAAAUUUGACCGAUGAUGCCACUAUCGGUGAGUGGAAUCUUCAAGGACUGCCAAAUGACGAACUGUCCAUUCAAAACGGUAUCAUUGUAACGAAAGCUGCUCGGUAUCCCUUGUUGAUCGAUCCACAAUCUCAGGGGAAAAUUUGGAUCAAGAACAAGGAAAAGGAGAAUGGUCUUAUUGUUACUUCGCUAGAGCAUCGCUUCUUUAGGAAUCACAUUGAAGAUUGCGUAUCGCAAGGUGUACCUUUGCUCAUCGAGGAUGUUGGUGAAGAGCUGGAUCCAAUCUUGGACAACGUCCUCGAAAAAAACUUCAUCAAAAUGGGUAACACAUACAAAGUGAAGGUCGGUGACAAGGAAGUGGACGUUCAUUCCGCUUUCCGACUUUACAUCACUACGAAACUUCCGAAUCCGGUUUAUACGCCGGAAAUUUCAGCGCGUACUUCGAUCAUCGACUUUACUGUGACGAUCAAGGGCUUGGAGGACCAACUGUUGGGUAGAGUAAUCCUAACAGAGAAAAGGGAACUGGAAUCUGAGAGAACGAACCUUAUCAAGGAUGUUACAGCUAAUAGGAGAAAGAUGCAGGAGUUGGAGGCAAAUCUGCUGCAUAAAUUGUCGACUACUGAAGGAAGCUUGGUGGACGACGUGACGGUUAUCGUGGUGUUGAACACCAGUAAGACAACAUCGAUUGAAGUUCGGGAGAAAUUGAAGAUUGCACGUGAAACUGAAAUCAAAAUCAAUAAAGCUCGAGAGGAGUACCGACCGGUUGCGACCAGAGGAAGCGUAUUGUAUUUUCUGAUUUGUAGUAUGUCGAUGGUAAAUUGUAUGUAUCAGACAUCGCUGGUGCAGUUUCUGGAACGAUUCGACAUUUCGAUGGCUCGGUCGGAUAAGCAUAUCGUCACGUCCCGUAGAAUCAACAAUAUUAAUGAAUAUCUAACGUACGACAUCUUCAAAUACAUCUGCCGGGGAUUGUAUGAAGUUCACAAGUACCUGUUUGUUUUGCUGAUGGCCUUGAAUAUUGACUUGGAGAAGAAGUCUAUUACCCAUCAGGAGUUCCAAGCUUUCAUCAAAGGAGGUGCUGCAUUAGAUAUCAAUACCUGCCCAGAGAAACCGUUCAAAUGGAUCGCAGACAUUGCAUGGCUUAAUUUGGUACAGCUGUCAUCUUUGCAUCAAUACAGCGAAAUUAUAGAACACAUCGAAUUAAAUGAAAAGGGAUGGAAAAGCUGGUUUUCUAAGGAAGCUCCCGAAGAGGAGAUCAUCCCAGAUGGGUAUCAGAGUAUGGACGCCUUCAGAAAACUCCUUCUGAUACGAGCUUGGUGCCCAGAUCGAACACUUUCUCAGAGCAGGAAGUAUCUUGCGAUGUCAUUAGGACAGAAGUUCGCUGAUCCGGUUAUCAUAAACUACGACAUUAUGUUGGAAGAAAGUCGUCCACUGACUCCUUUGGUGUGUUUCCUAUCGAUGGGUUCGGAUCCAACACCGAGCAUUGAAGCGCUGGCCAAGAAGAACGCCGUUAAAUGUCGAUCGAUCUCAAUGGGCCAAGGACAGGAAGUGCACGCGAGGAAAUUAAUUUCUACGUCUUUGGAAGAAGGUUCUUGGGUUCUACUGCAAAACUGUCAUCUGGGCUUGGAAUAUGUCAGCGAACUGAUGGUGUUGAUAAUGGAGUUGGAGAAGACGGGAACAGGAUUUCAUCAGGAUUUCCGGGUUUGGGUAACUACAGAACCACAUCCACAGUUUCCAAUUACGUUUCUUCAAACAUCGGUUAAGUUUACGAAUGAGCCGCCGUCGGGUGUGAAGGCCGGUUUGAAGCGAACCUACGGGUCGAUGACGGUUGAAAUGUUCGAGUACAGUGAGUCACCUUUUUAUGUACCUCUGAUUUUUGGGAUUUCGUUCCUGCACACUGUGGUUCAAGAGCGCAGGAAAUUCGGACCGCUCGGGUGGAACAUCCCGUAUGAGUUCAACUCGGCUGACUGGUUGGCCAGUUGUAUGUUUGUACAGAAUCACUUGGACGAUCUGGAUCCGAAGCGCGGUAUCAGCUGGAAGACGGUCCGUUACAUGUUGGGUGAGGUACAGUACGGCGGUCGCGUAACGGAUGACUACGACAAGCGACUGUUGAACACGUUUGCGAAGGUUUGGUUUUCCGAUGCCAUGUUUAUGGAGGAGUUCAGUUUCUUCAGGGAGUAUCGAAUCAUGAAGUUCAAGUCGCUGGAAGAGUACUUGGAAGCGAUCGAGUUGAUGCCACUGGUGGAUCCUCCGCAGGUUUACGGAUUACACGCAAAUGCAGACAUCACGUACCAGAGCAACACCACGAAGGAGAUUCUCGAUACGAUCGUGUCGAUUCAACCAAAAGAAUCUUCCGGAGGAGGAGGAGAAACCCGCGAGGCCACUGUGGCUCGAUUGGUAAACGAUAUGCUGACCAAGGUUCCCGCUCCUUACGAUCCGUACGCUGUGAAAGAACGCCUGAAGAUCAUGGGACACCUGGGAUCAAUGAACAUUUUCCUUCGGCAGGAGAUCGACCGAAUUCAAAAGAUUAUUCAACUGGUGCGUACAACGCUGAAAGAUUUGCUUCUAGCCAUCGACGGUAUAAUCAUCAUGAAUGAACAAUUACGAGAUGCCUUGGAUAACAUCUACGAUGCCCGCGUACCGGAAAUUUGGAAACGUGGCAGUUGGGCGUCGGCUUCGUUAGGAUUUUGGUUUACGGAAUUGAUUGAAAGAAAUAAUCAAUUCUACACCUGGUGCUUCAAGGGUCGCCCGAAUAUGUUCUGGAUGACGGGAUUCUUCAAUCCGCAAGGUUUCCUGACUGCUAUGAGACAAGAAGUGGCCAGAGCUCACAAAGGAUGGGCGCUGGAUGUCGUGACGUUGCAUAACGACGUAACGAAGAUGCUAACGGAAGAGUGCAAGCAACAUCCCGACGAAGGUGUGUUCGUCUACGGGUUGUAUCUGGAUGGAGCCGGUUGGGAUCGCAGGAACAACCGAUUGCAGGAGUCUAUCAACAAAGUUCUGUACACUGCCAUGCCCGUGAUACACAUCUACGCGAUCAACUCUACUGCGCCGAAAGAUCCUAAGCUGUACGAAUGUCCCGUUUACAAGAAAUCAAAUCGUACCGACCUGAACUACAUUACGCCUCUCUGGUUGCCAACUCUGAAAGCACCGGAUCAUUGGAUCUUACGGGGAGUUGCAUUGUUAUGUGAUAUAAAAUAAAGGGGUUUUCGUCAUUUGCUUACGAGCUUUCACAAUAAAUUUAUACUUUUUUCAAUAAUCAUAA